AGGCUCGUAAAUCGGCCGGUUUUAUCGUCCGUACGGUGUGAACGAUUCUCUCGAGAGAGGAUCCUACCGGUUUACCAGCUGCUACGGGAUCGUCGGUUUUCAGUAGGGGGCUGGGAAUCGGCUGGGGGUACCGCCGAUAGAAUUUCCACGGCAAAAUGGCACUCGCGGGAAACGUGGUCCGGAUUACGUUGACGUUGAUCGUCGCCUCGACGGGCCUGGCGGAUAAUUCGUGGCCAUCGUGCGCCGGGAAAACGAUACUGAGACACGUCGGCUUAUCUUGUGAGGAGAAACAGGCCAUCUUGGACGAGCAUAAUCGUCUGAGACAGCUAGUGGCUCUGGGGCAGAUUCAUGGACAGCCAGCCGCUGCGAAUAUGAAGGAAAUGGUUUGGGACGACGAAUUGGCUGCAAUCGCGCAGAGGUGGGCGGAUAGAUGCGCGGAAAUCCACGAUAAUUCGAGGAACGUUCAUCGAUUCGCAGUGGGGCAAAAUAUGGCUCGAACGUGGACGACGAGGCCCCCGGGACCCUACGACGACGUUCCAAAUUGGCGACAGCGAAUCUCGGAUUGGUUCAAAGAAGUCCAGCACUAUCAUACCGGUUACAGCGACGAAACUGGCCACUAUACUCAACUCGUCUGGGGUGACACGUUCCUUUUGGGCUGUGGAUACUCCUUCUACUACGAUCCUGCUCGAGGCUACACCAAGAAUUACGUUUGCAACUACGGGCCAAGCGGUAACGUGCUCGGUUCCCAACCCUAUCAAUCUGGCCAGCCUGCUUGCGGUAGCUACGGGAUGUCUUAUUCGAAUCGAUAUGCCGGCCUUUGUUCUCGAAGCAGUUACUAUCAUUUGGGAGCCUUCUGCGUCUACGGUUAACCAGAAUCUGACAACAAACAGCAUUCGAGGUCCAGAAGAAGCUAAGAAAAUAUUUUUUUUUUAACAACAAUCGAACGUCGAAGGCUGUUUUAUUCCAAUUCACCUUGUCUAGUCUACGAAAAAUAGUCUGUAAAUUCUAGGGAUUAGAUGUUAAGUUUGUAAAAAGUCCUAAACGAGGGAAUGUAUAAAAGAGAUAGUAACGAUUUAAAAUUGUAAAUCGUGCGCGUUUAUGACUAUUGUCAGCGCGAAAAGCUCGUAAUCUGGCUUCAGCAAAUCCGUAAUAGAGAAUCUCUUCUGUAUUAACCAGAAAUAACUGAUCGGUCAAAUAAUCUCUAUAAUUAACGCUAUUGUACCGGACAUGGUUCGAGUAUCGACAUAUUUAAUCCUCCGUUAACCCAGAUGUUGAGCGUUAGCGCGACGAGUUCUAAGUUAACAAAUCAAAUUUUAUCGCCUAAAGAUUGUACGAUAACAGUUCUUUAAAAAUUCCACCUGCUAUGUAAUCCAAACAUCGAUAUACGUUUCUCUUGUAUAUACUAGACAUUCAAUAAUGUUCGUUGUAAUACAAUAUCGUUUAAUAUAGUCUAAACACAAAUCGACCAAA